UAUUGACCCCUGUCUUUCUUUUUAAGCACCUUAUGAAGGAUCUUGGAUGUAUUCACAAGAAUGAUCGAUUUAUGUACCUCAUGUUUAGAAUCACGAAGUGUUUCUUUUUUUUCAAUGUCAGCGUUCUGAAAUUUAGGCUGUUCGAACUUUUGGGUGCCGAUUGCUGAAUGUUACUAUUCAAGCCAAGGUGUUCUUGCUCUAGCUUCUGCUGUGGUAUGAACUCUGGGGUAAUCAUAUGGAGUGAAGCUGAACCUGACUAGCCACUGGGCUUGCUUGAGAUCGACUUUGUUGAUAAUCCAUAUGGAAAAUUUGCUAAAUUGUUCAGAAUUUUGGGCCAAUUUGAUCAAUAAUUGAUCCAUGGUGCCUUUUCAAAACAUGAGGCUCUGAAAAGCUAUAGUUAGUGUCAAACUGCCAACCAUAGAUGACACAGGCCGAAUGUUUUUGGAAAAGAAAGAAAUGCAUCCCAUUGUUCAAAAGUGCAGUGCUGAUUGCAGAAACCAGUGGGCAUCCGUUGCAAGUGGUUGGCUGCUGGGCAAUCCCUACCAGCCCACAUGCCAAUACUGCAAUGUGCCAUGUAACAAGUGCUAGAGCUUGAUAAAGAUGAUGGUUUUGUUUGCGCCCAUAGGAAAGGAAUAUUGACCAAAGUCUGGCGGCUGGGUGACCACUACUGACAGCUUCCUAUUUAGACCACUGACCAGAGGUAUAUAAAUAUGCACUCCAAGUCCCUUCCUGCAGUUGUUUUAAAAAAAUUCCCUUCCUGCGGAAACAAUAUCAUUAUGAGAAGCCAAGUGUGUUCUUCUGGUUUCCUCAUGGUGGAAGCAAUAACAUUUUUCUGCUUAUCUUUGUUGUUCUUCUGCUCCCAUGCUCUGGUGGUGUCUCCAGGGAGCAGCAAUGCCACAGGCGACGAGCUCGCGCUACUCUCCUUCAAGUCCAUGAUGUCGAGCCCAUCUGAGGGCUUGCUCGCAUCAUGGAACAAGUCCAGCCACUUCUGCAGCUGGGCAGGAGUUGUUUGCGGUCGACGGCACCCCAACAGGGUUGUCUCACUGCAGUUGGGAUCUUCCAACCUGUCGGGACGCAUCUCACCGUUUUUGGGAAACCUAUCCUUUCUCAAGAUGGUGGACCUUGGCAACAACCACCUUGUCGGGCAGAUACCGCUGGAGCUCGGUCGUCUCAGCAAGCUUCAGGAGCUCAACUUGAGCACAAAUUCGCUCCAAGGAAGCAUUCCUGUCGCGAUAGGAGGAUGCACCAACCUCAUGGUGCUUGAUCUGAGCAGUAACCACCUGCAAGGUGAGAUCCCAACUGUGAUAGGUACCAGCUUGAAAAAUCUUGUCCAUCUGUAUCUUAAAAAAAAUAUCUUGUCGGGAGAGAUCCCUCAAUCACUUGCUGAGUUGUCAUCGAUCCAGUUCUUGCUUUUGUCUUACAACAAUUUAUAUGGUGAGAUACCAUCUGCUUUGAGCAACCUCACAAACCUCUUCAAUCUUGAUUUAUCUAGGAACAUGCUUUCAGGAGGUAUCCCAUCAUCUUUGGGUAUGUUGCCAAAUUUAUCUGUGCUUAGCUUAGGCUUGAACAAUUUAACUGGACCGAUCCCCACUUCUAUUUGGAACAUUUCAUCAUUGGGGGUUCUUUCUGUCCAACGAAAUAUGCUAAGUGGAACCAUACCUCCUAAUGCACUCUAUACUCUUCCCAACCUCCAACGCUUAUACAUGGAUCACAACCACUUCCACGGCCAUAUCCCUUCCUCAUUGGCUAAUGCCUCCAAUCUGUCGAUAAUUGUCCUCGGUGCUAAUCGUUUCAGUGGCAUCAUUCCCCAAGAAGUUGGAAGGUUAAGAAACCUGAAUCAACUAGUUCUCACGGACACCUUAGUGGAAGCCAAAGAACCCAAAGAUUGGGAAUUCAUGACCUCACUAGCAAAUUGCUCCCAGCUAGAGGCUUUAGUAUUGGCUACCUGUGAGUUUAGUGGAUUUCUUCCUGAUUCACUUUCCAGUCUUUCCACUUCGCUUAAAUACCUCUCCCUUUCACAAAAUGCAAUUUCAGGAAGCAUACCUAAAGAUAUUGGUAAUCUCUUCAACCUACAAGUCCUUGACCUCGCUUAUAACUCGUUCACAGGAAGUCUUCCCUCGUCCCUGAGUAGACUUAAAAACUUGCGCGAUUUCUUUGGAAAUGAUAACAAUAUUAGUGGAUCCAUCCCAUUAGCAAUAGGAAAUCUUACGGAAUUAAUUUCUUUGUACCUUGGGUCUAAUGCCUUCAGCGGUAGGUUACCAAACACACUUGCAAAUCUGACAAAGUUGUUGGAGCUUUAUCUUAGUAACAAUAACUUCGUAGGCCCAAUUCCUAGUGGAUUAUUCAACAUCUCCACACUCUCUAUAGAUUUGGACCUAUCCUAUAAUAGCUUGGAGGCAUCAAUACCACAGGAAAUAGGAAAUCUAGUAAGUCUUGUAGAAUUCCAUGCAGAGUCUAAUAAAUUAUCAGGUGAAAUUCCUGCCAGCCUUGGUGAGUGUCAAGGUCUCCGGUAUCUCUAUCUCCAGAAUAAUAUCUUAAAUGGUAAUAUCGCAGAACACUUGAGUCAAAUGAAAAGUCUACAAAUUCUUGACCUCUCAAGCAAUAAUUUGUCAGGUCCAAUACCCAAGUUCUUAGGAAACCUUACGAUGCUAUCUUUUCUCAACCUUUCGUUCAAUAAUUUUAUGGGAGAGGUGCCAACUUUUGGUGUUUUCGCAAAUUCUACUGCAAUCUCAAUCCAAGGCAAUGGCAAACUUUGUGGCGGCAUACCUGAUCUGCAUUUGCCUCCAUGCCCUUUACAAUUACCAAAGAAUAAACAUAAACUCCUAGUGAUUCCUAUUGUUAUUUCUCUCGUUGGAACACUAAUCGUCCUUGCAUUGCUCUACAAGCUUUUAACUUGGUAUAAAAGAAACAAAACGAAAAUCCCUUCAACUACAUCCAUGCAAGGCCACCCACUGAUCUCCUAUUCACAGUUGGUGAAAGCAACAGAUGGUUUCUCAGCAAAAUACUUGUUGGGUUCUGGGUCAUUUGGUUCCGUGUACAAAGGAGAGCUAGAUGGUCAAGUAGGUGAAAGUACAAAUCUUGUUGCUGUGAAGGUACUGAAACUUCAAACUCCUGGGGCAGUCAAAAGUUUCGUAGCCGAAUGCGAAGCACUGCGAAACCUGCGACACCGGAAUCUUGUCAAGAUAAUUACAGCUUGCCUGAGUAUUGAUAAUAAUGGGAAUGACUUCAAAGCAAUUGUGUAUGACUUCAUGCCUAAUGGCAGUUUAGAAGGUUGGCUACAUCCUGACGCAAAUGGGCAAACAGAGCGUAAGUUCUUGAAUCUGCUUGAAAGAGUGAGCAUACUACUUGAUGUGGCUUUUGCUUUGGAUUAUCUUCACUGCAAUGGUCCUGCACCUGUUAUACAUUGUGAUCUUAAGUCAAGUAAUGUGCUCUUGGAUGCUGAUAUGGUAGCCCAUGUUGGAGAUUUUGGACUCGCUAAAAUUCUCUUUGAGAAAAGCUCAGUUCUCCAACAGUCAAUGAGCUCGAUGGGAGUUAGAGGCACAAUUGGUUAUGCUGCCCCAGAGUAUGGUGCUGGAAAUAUGGUAUCGACGCAUGGAGAUAUUUACAGUUACGGAAUUCUUGUGUUAGAAACGGUAACUGGGAAGAGGCCCACUGAUAGCGAAUUCCCCCAAGGAUUGAGCCUUCGUGAGUAUGUUGAGGUGGGUCUACAUGGUAGAGUGCUGGACGUUGUUGACACCCAGCUGUCUUCGUGCCUCGAAAAUGAGCUUCAGUCUGCCGAUAAGUUUUCAUGCAAAACAAAGAUUGAUUGCCUGAUUUCACUGCUCAGACUUGGAGUAUCUUGCUCUCACGAGAUGCCGUCGAACAGAUUGCCAGCUGGAGACAUCAUCAACGAACUGCGUGACAUCAAAGAAUCUCUCAUGUAGGGAAUACAUAACAUCAUGAAGCAAGGUUCUCCAUUCAUGGAAACUGAAUAUUGUCAUAAUUUGAUCGGAAUCUAGAUAUGUAAUACCGAAUUUUUGGAGGAAAAAAGAGAGAGGAAUUUGACCGCAUUUUUGACUUUUGAUCCGAGGCUCGUAUGGACGAUCGGAGACCGUGGUUGCGUUCAUCUCGUCGAGACGAACCCAUUUUGCUAUUCAUAUGUCCGUUCCGGGCACUUUGAGACUCGUAGCGAGCCCAAUAAAUUUAGACCGUUCGUUGUUUAAA